GUUUGUUUUUAUUGAUAAAACAAGUUCGUUCAAUAAUAUUUUUUUUGAUUCCCUGCAGUUGAUUUAAUUUGUAACAAUGGAAGGAGCAUAUAAAGACAAAUAUUCUUUUAUUGGUGAAUGGUACGAUAACCAAGCAAGCCUUAUUCGACGAUUUAACGUAUUCUACUAUCCAACUGAUGAUACACUUGAGAUGUUCGAUUUAAAAAACCGAAAAACAUUUGUAAGAAGGGUGAAAGUCAAUGGAAUUACUUUGGAUAGUUUUUACAUUGGUUGCACAUUAUAUAUUUUAGGUCGUCUUAUCAAAAUUGUUGAUUUUGCUUGUGAAGACACAAGAAAAAAGCUGCACAAAGAUAUGCAAGUAACCUUUGCAAUGAUUAAACCUAUACCAACCAAAACAGCGGGAAAGAUCUUAACUCACUUCCACGAGCAUGGGCUGCGUGUGACACGGAUGAAGAAGGCCAGGCUCACUGCUGAUGAUGUUAAUAUUCUUUACAGGACAAUGCUUACAGAUCCAACAUUCCCAUUUCUCAUGGAGUAUUUGACUGGACAACUUGUUUAUGGCUUAGAAUUGGUUGGCAAAGAUGCUGUGUCAGUUUGUAUUAAAACUUUGGGAGACAGUGAUCCCCUCAAGGCAGAACCAGAGACUAUUCGAGCUUUAUAUGGUACAGAUCCUGUGAGAAACUGUGUUCAUGCUGCUGCAAAUCCUGAUGAUGCUAUGCAGGACAUAGAGUACUUUUUCCCGCCGCCGCCGUUGCGUUCCACGCGACUGCGUUUGACCGCAACUCUGUCGAACUGCACGCUGUGUAUAGUGAAGCCGCACGCCAUCCGAGAGGGAAAACUGGGCGCCGCUCUCGAGGGAAUCGACGAAGGCGGCUUCGAAGUCACAGCACUCAAUAUGUUUAUUGUCGAGAACAUAAAUGCAGCAGAAUUUUAUGAAGUAUACAAAGGAAUUGUACCUGAAUACAAGGGCAUGGUAGAAGAGUUAUCAAGUGGGCCUUGUGUAGCUAUGGAAAUAGUAUCAAAAGAUAGGACUCUCAAUACUGCUGUUGAAUUUAGAAAACUAGUUGGACCAUCAGAUCCUGAAAUCGCUCGGUUAUUACGCCCACACACAUUAAGGGCUAAAUUAGGGAAAACAAAAGUUCAAAAUGCUGUCCAUUGCAGUGACUUGGCAGAAGACGGUUUGUUAGAAGUUGAAUAUUUCUUUAAAAUUUUAGAUUUAUAAAACAAAAGGCUGGUAGUUAGGUACUUAAUAAUUAACUGUUG